AUGGCUUCACGAUACCCAAUGCCCAACACCUACACCAAAACCACCAAACAAAAGACCGAUUCGUCGUCUUCUUCUUCUUCUUCACUUUCCACCGCCGUGAAGUCCAUCUUCUCGGCUCCUACAUCGUACCCCUCCACCCCAUACUCUACGUCAAAGUACCCUCUCCCGACAGCGUAUACGCCGAGAGAUGGGACGAACAACAAGGGAUCUGUUGGGGAGCAGCGGAUGGGCAUGACUUCAAGGGUUUCUGUCGAGUCGAGGGAUACUAUUGAUGAGAUCAAGGAGGAGCAACUGCGUGGACUGGGGCGGUAG